UAUAGUUUCAAAUGAUAUUUUAAAUGUAUUUUAAUGAUCGAUACUAAUUAAUUUUUAAUGACCUUCACUUUUAGAGGUGAACAGAAAAAUAGCCGUUCAUUCAAUCUUAAACCUUCAAGCAAGCAGGACGUUUUCAAAAAUUUUGCAAUAUUUAUCCAGUGAAAUUGUGAUAUAAAUUAUUCAAUAAUACAGAAAUUGUGAUUUAAUAUUAUUAUUAUUAUUAUUAUUAUUAUUAUUAAUUUAAAAUUUAAAUAAAUUGGAUUAACGAACAUGUAACCAAAGUUUCGAGAACGCAAUUUGUGACAAAUAUGAAUUUUGCCGACGACUACGAGUACACUCUUGAAUAUAAUCAACUAUUUCUUGCUGUUCAUAAUGGCGAAUCAGCAAGAAUUAGUUCACUCCUAAGAAAAUAUUCAGCAAGAGAAAUAAUUUCCCGAAGAACAUUGAUGCACGUCGCAGCAGCACGAGGGUACGAUGAUAUAUUUCAAAUCCUCAUUGCCGAGGGUUAUAUAAAAACAAUUAGUUUUCUCAUCACCAAACCAGAUAUAAACGGAAACACACCACUACAUCUCGCCAUAGAAAAAAAUCAUCCCGGAAUGUUUAUUGUACUAGUGCAAAAUAGUAACGUAAAUACAAAAAAUUUUUGGGGUGCAACACCACUAAUUUUGGCCGCACUUCACAAUCGCUUAGAAUUUGCAAGAAUACUCAUCAAAAGAGGUGCUAAAAUUGAUAUCUCAGAUCAUCAUUACAGAAGAACGGCUCUUCAUCAUGCGUCUGUUAACGGAAAUUUGAGUAUUGUUCAACUGCUCAUGAGCUGUGGAUCAAAUUCUUUUAGUGUCAAGGACAAAUGUUUGAUGUCCCCAUUCGAGUUAGCGAUGAAAUUCGGUAAUUUGGAGGUAAUUAAAUAUUUUUCGGAAAAUUUCCCAUCACUUCGAUUGUUGAUUGAAAAAAACGAUGAGUUACUCUUCGCGUGUGUUAUUAACAACAAUGUCGAUGUUUUGAACUAUUUCAUUAAUUUCGGAGUGAAAAGUGAGAGUAGAAAUUUACUAAUUGAAUCACUUAGUUUAGGUAAGGUUGAAAUUUGGAAGUUGUUACUAAAGUGUAGUUCGAAAAUUUAUUCUUCUAAGGAAGCACCCCUUCAUAUAGCUGUACGAUCCGGUCGAUUGGAGAAAGUUGAAAAACUUUUAAAAACCGACAAGGAAAAAAAUCCCCUAAUUGCAAAACAAGCAGUCUAUAUUGCAGUGGAAACGGAGCAACCGGAAAUUUUAAAACUUCUUCUAAAAAAUCAAUUUUGUGUAGGUUCCUGUUUCAUGAAUUUAACUCCUCUUCAUAUUGCGGCAACAUUUAAAACUACGAAGAUUCUAGAAAUGCUUCUACAUUCCAAAUGUGAGAUUAAUUCACAAACUGAUAAUUAUUUCACUCCAUUGCAUUUUGCGGCAAUUUCGGGACAGUUGAAUAAUUUUAGAAUUCUCCUCGAGGCUGGUGCUGAUCCCUUCGUUAAUAAAACACCAUUCAAUGUUGUAUUAAAACUUCUAUCGCCUGUGGAAACAUAUACUUUGAUGCCAGAUAAUUUAAAAAUAGCAAUUCUGUUAAUUAGUAACACGAGGAAUUCUUUGGGACUAAUGACAAGUUGUUUGGGAAUAGAACAAAUUUUCAUCAUGAAAAUGGUUGUUGCACGUUCUGUUUUGUUAAUUGGUGACUAUAAAGUGCGAAAGACUUCGAAAUAUAAAGGAAAGAAUUGGGAAGAAGAGUGUAAGAAAGAAUUAAGAAGAAUGAAAGAGACGAAUGUUUGUGAUGAUUAUAAUUUGACAUUCUACGAUAUUUUAACAAUGUCUGUUGAGAAAAUUUCAAUGUACAUAGGACGGGAGAAUUUGUUAAAGAGUUUAGAAGAUUCUUAUUGUAAUUUUCCGGCAUAUGGCGAAUUUUUGAAAGUUAACAUUCAGGAAGGAAUUGAGAGAAAGAAUCUUAUGGACAUGUGCGUAAAUUCUUUACAAAGACUUGUUGAGGGGAAUUUUAAUAUUCAGAUUUCAAGUAUUCAUAUUCAUUUUGUAACUCAAUAUCUUUCUGUACAAGAUUUACGCAGAUUGAAAACAGCGUUUUCACUAUAAAAAUUGUAAAAAAUGAUAAUAAAUGUUUAAUAUAUUAUAA